ACAGUGGAGGAAAUGGUGGCGAGUGGCACGACGAACGUGACGACGGUGGAAGCCUCCGAUUCCGGCAGCUCCAAUGAGCAACACCGCCGUCAGAAGCGGCAGAGGCCGGAGGCGAACGCCGCCGUCAACGUCGGCUCGUCGAGGUUCAAAGGCGUCGUGGGGCAACAAAGCGGCAACUGGGGAGCCCAGAUUUACGCAAACCACCAGAGGAUAUGGCUGGGGACGUUCAGGACGGAGGAGGACGCGGCGGCGGCGUACGACAGCGCCGCCAUACGGCUCCGGUGCGGCGACGCCCACCGUAACUUCCCCUGGACCAGCAUCACCCUCCAAGAGCCCUCUUUCCAGGCCCAAUUCUCCACCGGAGAAAUCCUCAAGAUGAUCAAGGACGGAUCCUACGUCCCGAAAUUCUCCGACCACUGCAAACACCUCGCCCUCACCGGCCAACCCGUCGGAAUCUCACCCCGGGCCGGAGACGAACCCGGUUCGGUUCUGCGAGAGCUCUUCAAGAAGGAGCUGACUCCGAGUGACGUCGGGAAACUGAACCGGCUGGUGAUCCCGAAGAAACACGCCGUGAAAUUCUUCCCCCGGACUCUCGAGGCGGCGGCGGACGGCUGCGGCGCCGACGACGUGGAACUCGUGUUCUACGACAAGGCAAUGCGGUCGUGGAAGUUCCGGUACUGUUACUGGAAGAGCAGCCAGAGCUUCGUGUUCACACGGGGUUGGAACCGGUUCGUGAAAGACAAAGGAAUCAAGCCGCGAGACGUUGUGAUAUUCUCGGUCUACGAAUACAAGGAUAAUAUUAGUGGACCGGAAACCCGGUCCAUUUGCGUCAUAGAUGUGGAAUAUACUGACCACUCCGACGAGGGCGAAAAUAACAGUGACAAUGGGGUUGAGAUAAAGACGGGAAAGGGCAGUGUUGACAAGGGUGAUGAGGAAGGAAGAGAAGGGGUAGAAAUGGAAUUGAGAAAUAAGGCUGCGAAACCGGCCGGGUUUAUGCUUUUUGGGGUGCAAAUUAUUUAA